UAUGUGUGUCAGUCGAUGUGUGUGUGUUAAUCCAUGUGUGUGUGUGUAUCUCAAGUAGAUGUCUGUGUGUCACAGUCCAUAUGUCUAUGUGUGUGUAGGGCAAUGUGUGUGUCAUUCUAUGUAUGUGUGUGUAAGUCCAUUUGUCUGUGUCUUAGUCGAUAUGUGUGUGUGUAAGUACAUGUGUGUUUACGUCAAUGUGUGUGUGAGUCCACGUUUGUCUGUGUGUGAGUCGAUGUGUGUGAGACGCUGUAUGUCUGUACAUCGAUAUAUGUGUGUGUAGCUCCAUGUGUGUAUCUAAAGUGCAUAUCUAUGCAUGUGUGAGUCCAUGUGUGUGUGUAAGUCCAUGUGUUUGUGUGUGUGAGUCGAUAUGUCUGUGUGUGUCAGUCCAUGGGCGUCUGUGUUAGUCGCUUUGUGUGCAUGGCUCCAUGUCAGUCAGUGUAAGUCCAUUUCUUUGCGUGUUUGUAGGUCCAUGUGUGCGUGUCAGUGAAUGUAUGUGCUUUAUUGACCUGCUCAAGGCCUAUGAUACCAUCAGUAGGCCUGGCCUCUGAGUUGUUCUUCAUGCUUUCGGAGUCCCUCAAACUUUGCUCAGGAUCCUUAAAGACCUUCAUGAUGGUGAGCGGCCCCGCGUCAAACUACGUGGCCGUCAGUCAUUCCCUCUACAACUUGGGAAUUGGUCUGAUGGAGCAAAGGCACUCGGCGCAGCUCGGUACAAGAAGACAACAAUGCGACCAGUAUGCAAACAGCACGGAUCGUACUGGAAAUGUAACAAGGCACCAGAGAAAUCACAUAGGAGAGAACCCCUUCAAGUGCACUGUGUGUGAGAAGGCAUUUGCAAAGUCAUCAGUUCUUCAGAGACACCAGAGAACACACACAGGAGAGAAACCCUUCAGGUGCACUUUGUGCAAUAAAGCAUUUGCAAAUUCAUCAGAUCUUCAAAAACACCAAAGAACACACACAGGAGAGAAACCCUUCAAGUGCAGUGUGUGUGAGAAGGCAUUUGCACAGUCAUCACUUCUUCAGAGCCACCAGAGAACACACACGGGAGAGAAACCCUUCAGGUGCACUCUGUGCGGGAAGCCCUUUGCAGUGUCAUCACAUCUUACAGAACACCAGAGAAGGCAUACAGGAGAGAAACCUUUUAAGUGCACUGCCUGUGAGAAGACAUUUGCAUGGUCAUCAGAUCUUUCAAAACACCAAAGAACACACACAGGAGAAAAACCCUUCAAGUGCAGUGUGUGUGAGAAGGCAUUUGCACAGUUAUCAAAUCUUAAAAAACACCAUAGAACACACACAGGAGAGAAACCCUUCAAGUGCAGUUUGUGUGGGAAGGUAUUUUCAGGUUCAUCUCCUCUUAAACGACACCAGAGAACGCACACGGGAGAUAAAUCCUUCAGGUGCCUUUUGUGCAAUAAAGUGUUUGCAAAUUCAUCAGAUCUUCAAAAACACAAGAGAACACACACGGGAGAGAAACUCUUCAAGUGCAGUGUGUGUGAGAAGGCAUUUGCAAAGUCAUCAGUUCUUCAGAGACACCGGAGAACACACACAGGAGAGAAACCCUUCAGGUGCACUAUGUGUGAGAAGGCAUUUACAGAGUCAUCACAUCUUAAAAAACACCAGAGAAUGCACACAGGAGAGAAACCCUUCAAGUGCAGUGUGUGUGGGAAGGCAUUUUCAAGUUCAUCUGAUCUUAAAAGACACCAGAUACUACACACAGGAGAUAAACCAUUCAAGUGCACUCUAUGCGGGAAGGCGUUUGCACAGUCACCACAGCUUCAUAGACACCAGAGGACACACAGGCAUCAGAAGAUCCCCAGGGAGUGUAGUCUGAAAUCGACUUGUGAAAGUCAAAGUGCUGCAAUGAGCCCAUCCCUCCUGAAAAAAGAACCAGAAGUGAAUUCCAGCUUGGACACUAUAAAAUGUAUCAAGGUAAAAUUUGAAGAGGUGACAGUGAAGAGCGAAGAAGUGAAGGUGAAAUGUGAAGAUGAAGAUUCAACUCCAAAAUCGGACCUUCACAUCGAUGGAGGUAACGUGAAGCAGGAGGAGAAUUCUGACUGUGAGGCAGAGCGAGGCAACUCCCAGCAGUUUGUGGAAGUGGAGGUAUGGGUGGACUUCUUAGACAAUACAAAAUUUGGUGUGAUGGAGCAAAGGCACUCAGCGCAGCUCGGUACAAAAAGGAAACAUUGCGACCAGAAUGCAAACAGCACGAAUCGUACUGAAAAUUUGACAUGGCACCAGAGAACUCUCACAGGAGAGAAACCCUUCAGGUGUAGUGUGUGUGGGAAGGCAUUUUCAGAUUCAUCUAAUCUUAAAAAACACCAGAGAACACACACAGGAGAGAAACCCUUCCAGUGCACUCUGUGCGGGAAGCUGUUUGCAGUGUCAUCACAUCUUCGAAGACACCAGAGAACGCACACAGGAGAGAAACCCUUCAAGUGCACUGUGUGCGGGAAGGCGUUUACACGGUCAUCACAUAUUAAAAAACACCAGAGAUCACACACAGGAGAGAAACCUUUCAAGUGCAGUUUGUGUGAGAAGGCAUUUUCAAGUUCAUUUAAUCUUAAAAUACACCAGAGAACACACACAGGAGAGAAACCCUUCAAGUGCAGUGUGUGUGGGAGGACAUUUUCAAUUUCAUUUUAUCUUAAAAUGCACCAAAGAACACACACAGGAGAGAAACCCUUCAGGUGCACUCUGUGCGGGAAGGCGUUUGCACAGGCAUCAGGUCUUCAGAGACACCAGAGAACACACACAGGAGAGAAACCCUUCCAGUGUACUGCGUGUGAAAAGGCAUUUGCAUGGCCAUCAGGUCUUCAUAGACACCAGAAGACACACAGGCAUCAGGACAUCCCCAAGGAGUGUAGUCUGAAAUCGACUUUUGAAAGUCAAAGUGCUGCAAUGAGCCCAUCCCUCCUGAUAAAAGAACCAGAAGUAAAUUCCAGCUUGGACACUAUGAAAUGUAUCAAGGUGAAAUGUGAAGUGAUGGUGACGAGCGAAGAAGUGAAGUUAAAAUGUGAAGAAGUGAUGGUGAAGAGCGAUGAAGUGAAGGUGAAAUGUGAAGAAGUAAUGGUGAAGAUUGAAGAAGUGACGGUAAAAUGUGAAAAUGAAGAUUCAACUCCAAAAUCGCACCUUCACAUUGAUGGAGGCAACGUGAAGCAGGAGGAGAAUUCUGACUUUGAGGCAGAGCAUGGCAACUCCGAGCAGUUUGUGGAAGUGGAGGUGUGGGUGGACUUCUUGGACAGUACAAAGUCAAAUUCAGACCCUGUAGAUGUGCAAGCUUGACAAUGAAGCUCCAAUAGAUUCACUUUGUCACAGGCCUUCAAUUAAAAUAAUGUGAAGUUGAACACUCAAUUUCCAGGUUCAAAUCUGCAAAGGAAGAGCGGCCAGUAUUUGCGGACCUGCGUGUUGGGUAGAUCUCUAUCCAGGAGCCAGAGCCAAUAAGCUCCCAAGCAUUCACAAUGUUUUCAUAAUAAUAUUAGCAUUUAUCUGGUGCUUGCUUAAUCGCCUCAGCAACUCGAAGUUUCAUAUCUCAUCACAAACACUUGAACAGCAUGUUCCAAAAAUUUAUGUUAAGAGUGAUUCUGCCUAUUUCUUGUAAUAAUUUUGAUCGGGAUGUAGCGCUGGGGCACGGAGAAUUCCCCCCCCCCCCCCGCCUCCUCCCUUGCCACACAAACGACAGCGAGAGGAUAAUUACUCACAAGCCUGCUGGGGAAGUCAUAAAAUGUAAUAAAAAACGGCAAACCCAAAGGGGGCUAAUGAGAUUCUGCGAGUAAUCCCCAGUUGACUUUAAAAGAAGGCCGCCAUAAAGGAAACAACCCACAAUAAAACAAACAAGAUGGAAAUAGCAGGGGUCAAGAACCUCCAUUGGAGAGCAAUAUCCACUCAAGGGCAGUUAAUCAUCAUGAGCUGACUGGGGUUUUAAAAAUACAACAGUAAGGUUUGAAGAUAAGGAUAUCUUGAGAAUAAGAAGCACGGAUCCCUGGUGAUACAGACGGGGCACAAAGGUUAAUAAAACCCUCAGAAUAUCCUUGGUAACAACUAUGGUAUACCACAAAUCUUGGUUAAGCAUGAACCAAAUCAUAAUUAUGAAAGUAUUAGACCUAGGGUCAUUCAGAACAGAUACAAUGCGAAAUAUGUCAAUCAAACGCGACCAAGAUAAUGUAUUCCACGGGAUCAGAGCUUCACCAACCGCCUUUGUCUUCCAGUAGCUAACAGCACAUGGUAGCAGUAAAUUAUGUAUGCAGGGGGCGCCUCCCCCUAAUAUCAAUUACCACGCAAGAAUUCCAAACUGCGACGUGAGUGCUGUGAACUCUGCUCUAAACUUACUUUGAAUCGCUUGCAGAGUCAACUGCAGAAAGUGGUACGGUUCUAAGCUAUAAGAGGUGUAAAUUGGUUUUACUUCCAACCCGUGUUGAGAGGACGGAAAACAUGCCACAGCAAGCACACCCGUGCACAAUAGGUCACGACUUCAAAGUCAGUGCCCCUUUUUGAGAGAGACUGCAAGUCUGAUGCGAAAAAUUGUAGCACUUCUAACCCGUGAUGGGAGCAUGGGGAAAGCUGCCCAAAAUGUGAAUGGAAACAUGGUGGUAAUAAAGACAUCCAGACAACAAACAGCCCAAGCGACUUCAAAAGGAAAACAGCUACCCCUUUGUGAGAAGACAAAGCCUGAGGUGGAAAAAUUCAGAUAAGCAAGAAUGCAAGAACAUAAAUCAGUCCUGCUCAAAGAAUCAUCUAACUGCAACUUUUGAGAAGUUCAAACCAUCAAGCACAUCACCGAUGAAUGCUCCAUCCAUGCAUAUCCUGGCGGUAUCGCUGAAAUCCACACUGCGUCAACCACAUCAUUCGACUGGAGGAGGAACCUUUGCAUUCAUUUAUGACGAUCAUUAACAAUAAAACUUUUGCUUUUCACAAUGCCAUACGAAAAACGAAGUACUGCGAGUGGCAGGCUCCAGGGAUUGCCCUCGUGACUAGAAAAUCAUAGGGUGCUCUGCAUCAGCAGAAGCCACGCAUUACGGAGAGGUUUCUUUCUGCAUCAUUGACAGAGGCUGCCAGCCAAGGCUGGUGCUCGCAGUAUUACAAUACAAACGUGGGGAAGAGUGCCGUAGCAUUACUAUUCCCGGUGGCGAGGUCGCUGUGUACAGCCAACACGCACGAUCAUAGUGACAAUCGUUCUGAUUGUGCUCCGAUCAAAGUCAACCCUUCGAGGGAAAACUGGUGCAACCACUAUUCUUGAGAGUGCCCCUUUAAAUUGCAACCCACAGGCGAAGUUUAGUUGAGGGCAGGAUCAGAGACUAACACGGAAUUAUAUAACUUGAUCUGUAGCAUGCCCUCUGUGCAGCACGAGUCAUAUAGACAACUAGAAGAGGACUCUUGUAGAGGUGGGGGGGCGGGUGAGACGACAGGGACUGUCUCUCCAAGUCGCUCCAAAGUCUACAAGGACCAACAGUGUCUGGUGCCAAGGGGGGUGACGCGCGGCAACCAGCGGACGAGCUGCGAGCGGUGUCUGGCGACGGGAUCAUCGCGCACAUCAACGCAGAUGGAGCCGGACCCAUCAUCCCUGCCAGCACGGGCACCGUCGACAGCGUGACUCGCGUGUCGACUCGGCAACCACCCCAGCGGUGGAGAGAGACUGACGAAGCAGCCGAGAGCGCUAUGUGUUCGACACAAACGCAGACCCAGCGCCCCUGCUGGGGACCUGAGGUGUUUUCGGUACAAGGAACGCUGCAUUUCGGAAGCCGCAAAUCAACAGUUAGCAAGAAGACAACACACACCCACACACAACGCACAUAUUGGUACAAAUAAGAUUGUUCCAAAAAGUUAUAUUAGUGUUUCGAAAAGGGUUGCGUUCUCAAGGUGGUGCGUGAACUAUUAGCUGAUCAUGAAAAGCAUUGUUCUGUCCCUUGAGUUAUAUGAAUAGUCGUUUAGAAGUAUUUGUCAGUCGUUUCGUUAAUUGCAUAAUAUUACCAAUGAAUUGAUGACACACUAAACAUGUAUAAGCAUCUAUAUUACGAAUCUACACACUCACAGGAAUACUAUUGUGUUUUGAUCACAGAAUCUUGGCCGUGAAUUCAUUGAUGUACCAUUAGCCAAUUGAUAAGCGUCUGUUAGCCAAAGCAGGCACACGAGCAGGCACCCUAUUUUUUCAAGACAUUUCGUUAAUUGCAUAAUCUUACCAAUGAAUUCAUUGAUGUCUAUUUUUGCCAUUGGGCACAUGUCUCUUUAGCAUGUUUCGUAUGAAUAUUGCAAAUUUUUAACGGACUUUUCCUAUCGCCGUGUAUGGUCGCGCUACUCUGAGGAGUUAGCCGAUUGUUCUGUUACUCAGUUUUAACAAACGUAACCAUUGAGGGUUAAUUGUACAGAUCAAUGAGUAGGACAUCUUCAGGAGUACGGUGUUGACAAUUCUGAUCGUAAGUGUAUUCGCAUAUUAGAGUGUUUUUAGAUAUUAAAGUUGCUUUACAUAGAAUAAUCUGAGUGGUUCCUUUCUAGGUUCAUGCGUAAUAACCUUAAUUAUAAAAGCUGUAUUCUGCAGUGAGAUCUGAAUUCUGAGACCUGACAGAAUUACACUAAAACAGAAUCAGUAAAAGUAAAACGAGAAUCGCUGGAUUAUCACAAUUGGCAAUACAACCUUCGACAUUGCAUACAUUGAUAUUCCAUAAUUUGCAUAAUUUUAAGAAAUUACACUUUUUAUUGUAUUAUCACGAUUGGUAAUACAUCCUCGACAACGAAGCUGAGUCAUUUUCAUAGUGGCAUACAUUUACAUAAUUCCAGAUAUUUGCGUUAUGUUAGAAAAUGUCACACUUUUCAUUGUAUUAUCACGAUUGGUAAUACACCCCGAGAUAAUGAAGCCGAGCCUAAUUUGCAUAAAUGUGAAUACUGUAUCAUAAUUUAAUACAAUUACAUGUUCUUUAUUUACUUUUUUUCAUUACACGAUAUUAAACAAGCACCCCAAGUGGCAGCUGCCUCUGUGUGGCAUAAGAUGGCCCUGCACCAGCCCGCAUGUUGGCAUGAGUCUGUCAGUAGAGGGCGAUGAUUGUUGCAUAAUCUCAGUUGUGUAAUUUGUGAGUAAUGUUUCUAAUUUGCCAAAUUUUAACCACAAUGCCAGCAUACAAUGGCCUACUCGUUUUGAAUGAGACAAUAGUAUUUUUUACAAUCAACUGUUAAGCAGACGAUGCAUAUUUGUAAUUAAUGUUCCUGGACGAACCAGGGAUGCCUGUCGGAUUUGAACCUUGAACUGCAAAAAAAAUAGAAUGCACUCAAUCUGAAUGCUGCAGGUGUAGGCCUCAUUCGACAGAUCAACUUGUAAAUAUGAUAUAACAUGAUGAAGUACAUUUCAGUGCAGUUAUUACAUUUUGGCAAUAUGCCUAUCGAUAAUUUAGAAUUAUAAUUGAAUUAAUAAUUGUCAAAUUUUGUGAUUACAUGUAAUAUUUUGUCUAUCAGGGUUAAACAUGGAAUACGUCCAUAAUAUAGGUUUUUGAGUUAGAUCGCGUAAAUAUAUAAAUGUGUCGUUAAAACCCGCCACCACCCGACACGGCCAACAAGUAAGGGUUGUCACGUCAACAGAACAUGCUGGUCUCGGCCUCGCUGUGCGCUGCGUUAAACCGCUAGCUGAGUAGAUAACCUUGCAUCCAAUAAACCCUCCGAGCCAGGGUGAACAUCCGACUCCAAACGUCAUUUAUUGAUUUUAACGAGGUAAAACUGGUGAGAAAACAGCACAUACAGCAUCUGUUAAUACCCAGAAACACCAACACAAUGAAUGAACACCACAGCAUCAUAACAUUGUCUUAGAUAACAUUUUUCUCAACAAUAGAUCCUGGAUGGACCAGGAACCUACAUUACCACUGAAUAGCUAUACAAGAGCAUAAGUUACUGUGUUACAUAAAGGCACAGCGUGUUAUCACACUGCACCCCAGAUGUACAGUACUACACAUAACACUGCACUAUGAAUGAGACAUUUUGUUAUCCUUGCUCUCCAGAUCGCAAUAUAGUUACUUGGGUACAAGUUUGACUCGACUUAUUAAAUUACAAAUAACAUUCACAAUAAGGAAAGUUGCAGGCUUCGUUGUUACUCGCAUAUUAGAGUGUUUUUAGAUAUUAAAGUUGCUUUACAUAGAAUAAUCUGAGUGGUUCCUUUCUAGGUUCAUGCGUAAUAACCGUAAUUAUAAAAGCUGUAUUCUGCAGUGAGAUCUGAAUUCUGAGACCUGACAGAAUUACAGUAAAACAGAAUCAGUAAAAGUUAAAACUAGAAUCGUUGACAAUACAACCCUAGACAACGAAGCAGAGCCUAGUUUGCACAAUUGCAUACAUUUACCGAAUUCCAUAAAUUUGCAUAAUUUUAUGAAAUAUAAAUAUUUCAUUGUGUAGUGGGUUCAACUGAGUCGCAGACAUACUCUUUGGAGACAACACAUUUAUUAAUGGCAACACAUGGGUUAAUUGCCCCAACAGGAUAACCUAUGGUCGUGGACCACCAGGCUAACUGCACUCAUUACACGGUAACUUGCUACACUGGACCGGACCCCAGCUUGGGUCCCGGACCACGUGUUGGAGACUGUAGGACGUACAGAACAAUAGGCAACAAGGGAAGAGAGAGAAAAAACUAAACACAGUAACACGCGAACACUCAGAACCCCCUCCAUCACCAACAUUUCCCACCCUCACUGUGUAACAACACCCGUAUGCACAGCAAAGGCCAGGUGUGUGCGUGCAUGGGGAUCACGAAAACCGAAGAGUUUUUUUAUCGAGUCCUUGUGGCCGGUCCCCCAGGGGAGGUGGACUCGCUCUCCCUGGAGGUCCCGGGGGGGACAUGCAAAUGUCCCGUCGAAGCCGGCUCCUCACGAAGAGCAGUCGGCCGGGCGGACAGGCUGUACUCUCCCGAAUCCAGUGGAGACAGCGCAGGCGGUGGCUCGGGGAACAUUAAACACACGGCACCUGAGGACGGGAUCACAUGACUCAGCAGAGGACCAACCUCAGUGGGUACACACCUCGGCUAGCUAGACACAUCUGACACUCGGGCGCUGCGGUGUGGAGACGGAACGAACUCGCGCAGAGCAAUGAAAUGCUUGAGGCAUGAUGAUGUACAAACCAACUCUGCCGACCCAAGCGAAUCUGAACACAUUAUGAUCGAACGACCCAAAUCACAUCAACCGGCCCCCUCCAGGGUUAAAACAAUUUGGGCGACGUACCCACCAGUACCUGUGGACAAUGCAACCAGGCUCUGUCCGCUGGCACCCACUCAUGUGCGGAAGUACGGGAACUCCUCAGCCGCUCAUUUGCCAAUUGGCACGAAUUGGAAUUUACUCUGGAAGCCUGCCGCGAUUCGGAAAGCAUCUAAAGGGUAAAGCGCACAGUCACAAUUUUUUUUAUUUAGCCUUGUUUGGUCGUGUUCUCUCCCUACAUUAAAAAAAAACAGUGAGUAUCCGGUGGAUGUGUGAGGAGCCAUCCUAUAUGCAGCCAGGACUCCGGGAAUGUGCAAAUCCCAGUCAAGUUGGGACACGCUGACCUGAUGGCUCAACAUGGAGAUCAGAGUCCUGUGCAGCCACUCAACCAUGCCAUCCAUCUGUGGGUGGUAUGGUGACAUGCGUACUUUGUUCCCAACAAAUUGCACACCUCACGCAGCAUUUUCAAAGAAAAAUGCUUGCCUUCAUCGGUCAACAGGCAUUCGGGAGCACCCUUGUCCAUUACGGAGCCAUUGAGGAAUGCCUCAAUGAUCGUUGCCGCCAACUGGUUGGGGAGCGGCCAGGCCACCGGCCAUCGUGAAACACUCAACUCUCACUAGCAAAUACUUAUUCCCAUGAGGGGUAGUGGGAAAUGGACCAUGGAUGUCCAUAGCAACCAGUUCAUUUACGCAGGAGACCUGAAUCGAUUACAACGGUGGACAACAGGGUUUUGACGGCGGUUUCCCCCUCACGCCCACCCACACCCUUUCAACAAAUUAGCGACAUCUUCCGCUAUGCCAGGCUAGAAGAAGUCCAGCUUGAGUGUGGCCAACAUCUUAUGCACACCCAGGUGCAACAGUCGCUCGUGAACUGCCCAUAUUACCUUACCCCGCAGGGCAGUGGGCACAACAAUGUUAUAACGGUGCAACUCUCCAUCCCAAUGCAUGAGUAAUCUGCCUCUAACAAUGACAGAGGCAACACCCCGUCGAUCCUCGCCCUCAUCGGCCUCCCUGACACGGCGUCGCAAUAUCAGCAGGGAAGCGUCCUCCACCUGGAGGCGCCCCCACUCUUUGUGGUCCAGCCCAUCGGCUACCUCAGGUUCCAACCUCAGCCGACGCUGCAAGGGGAGGGACAAGUGCUUUUUGGGCGGCUGACAGUGCCCAGAACCCGAAAAACACGCGCACCCAUCGCUCGUUGGUAAUCGCGAUAGGGCGUCAGCGUUCGUGUGCCGGGAGGCUUUGCAAUAAGUAACAUCAAAUCAAUAGUCCUGGAGGACUUCCAACCAAUGUGAAAGUUGGCCAGAUGGCUGUUCAAUACGCAGUGCGUAUUGUAGCGCUGCAUGGUCAGAGCACACCUAAAAGCGUCUACCAUACAAAUAGGGGCGAUACUGUUCCACGAAAAACACAAGAGCUAACAGUUCCCGGCGUGCGACACAGUACCGUUGUUCGGCCGGAGACAGCACUCUGCUUCCAUAUGCGCCAAUUCCGGUGUUACUAGCGUCUGUAUCAAGGACGAACGGCAAGGAAAAGUCAGGGUAGUGGAGAGGAGGGGUGUUCACCAAGCCAUCCCGGAGCACAACAAAUGCGGCCUCCUCCCCCCAGUGGAACUUCUGUCCCUUAGCCGUCAAGGCGUGGAGAGGUUUGGCGAUCAUGGCGAACCCGGCGACAAAACGGCGGUAAAAGGACGCAAAUCCAAUUAAACUUAACACGUCCCCCACCGAUGUGGGAGUCGGCCAAGAAUGCACACACGCAGUUUUGUCCGGGUCCGUCGUUAUCCCUGAUUUACUGACUAUGUAGCCCAGAUACCGAACAGAUGUUUGGAGGUGACCCUUCUGCGGUUUAAAUUUAAGGUUUGCUGCAUGCAUUUUAAGAUAGACAGCACAGCCGUUUCAGAUGCUUUUUGAACGUACGUUUGAAAACGAUUACAUCGUCAAGAUAUAUCAGGGACGAGUCCCACUGGAGAACAGCCAGAACCAGUUACAUCAAUCGCUGGAACGUACCCGGUGUGGAGUGAAAACCCAUCGGAAGCUGAUUAAAUUUGAAUAAGCCUUGUGGUGUUUUGGGUUUGGAGGCUUCAUCUAGUUGCAACUGCCAAAAUCCGGAAAGGAGGUCAAGUCUCAAAAUACUGUGCUCCUGCUAGAGCAUCUAGAGAAUCGUCCAUCUGAGGAAGAAGGUACGGCGUCAGCCACGGAGAUCUUAUUAAGCUUACGAAAGUCAACACAGAAGCGCAAGCUACCAUCCUGCUUUUUAACAAGGACAAUCGGGGCCCCCCACGGGCUGGUGGAUGGCGAGAUGAUAUCGGCGGCCAACAUCUCAUCAACUGCCAGCCGCACGUGUUAUUUUUCCUUAGAGCUCAAACGGUAGGGCUUUUGCCGGAUGGGAGCGGCGUCACCCGUAUCAGUGAUGACUCAAGAGCAUAGUGCGGUCGAUGUCAAAUUUGCCCUUGCUAAAAACACAUGAAAAUUCACGCAAGAGUGCCCUCAACUCCCCCCUCUGGGACUGAGACAAAUCCGCAUUUUCCGAACAAAGCGUAUCCAUCCACUUCUCAUCAGAAUCCUUUAUCGGCCACGUAUUCGACACAGCCUCCAUAAUGCCAACGAUGCUUCCUAAGCGCGGGCGAUGCAUAAGCAAGCACGGUGCCAUCCUGAACAACCGACGUGUCUAACCCUGCAUUAAGGACCUAAAUGAACGGUUCCUGAUCGUUGGAUACCAGAGUCUGGGCCCCUACCAAUGUCAACCCGCGAAUGGCGUUGAGGGUCCCAAGAGGAUUCCUCCCGCAGGCGCCUCCUUGUUCAGCGGCUUGUGAAAUCGUAAGGGAACCAACAUUUGCGCACCCGGGGGAAUCUUUACGGUCUUACUCGCAAGUGCUUGCACAGUAGCGUUGGCUGUGCACAAUCGAGUGGGAAAUGGCAAAAAGGCCAUUUGACGGCCCGAUGGUAACUCAAGGCACCCUUGAUCAAUUACAAUUUUCAGGGGCAUUUUCCCUAAAAAAUCAUUCCCAAGCAAGCAAGGAAGAGCAAAGGACGUCAAUACAAGAACCGGUCCCGUCAAUUUGAUAUCUCCGAUGCACACCUCCGCUGUAAUUUUUCCAGUGAUGCCCAAUGAGCCACCAAUUGUGGCAAAAUACGGAACUUUGACAGACAUAUGGUUCGACAUUUAGGGGGAAAGAUGUUAUUAAUCAACUCUGAAAUGAUGGUCGCUUACGCACCGGUGUCAAUGAGCAUCCUGAUCUCAACCCCCUCUAUCAAUCCAAUAACAGCGGACGAGCCUGCAGUCGCGGCAACCAUUAUAUGGGCCAGCUCCGACCACUGACCCGGUCGGAGCGGUCGGUCGGCCCGAUCAGAAUCCGAACCCUCCCGCACCCACGCACGACGGCCACGGAAACCAAACGAACGAGAUGGGUGAGGUGGAUGCAGGGCCCGAUUGUGUGAUGUGUCGUGACUUGCCUGAGGCCUUGCUGAUGAUGCCGAUGUGGAGGUGGAUGGAGGUGGAGUCCUAUCGAAGGCGCUAGGGACGUUGCGACAGCCCCCGGCGAUGCGGCCUGGCUGACCACAGCGGAAGCACUUGGUGGGUGCUGGCCCAUCCGAGAGAAGAGGCCUGGCACGUCACCUUUGCUCCGGCCGACGUCCACCAGCUCCUGUCCCGCGCCGAUCGCGUGCGGUGAAGGCGGUGAGGCGAUUCUCUUCAUGAGAUGUGACGACCUCGGCUGGACCCAGGUCCCAGGCGCACACCACCACACUGGGCCACUGGCGCAGCCCGAGGUGCGCCUGGAUCCCCUGCGCCACCUUCAGAGAAGAGAUGUCCGUCUCCUCUGCGAUGGCAAAAUCGACGCAGAGCUCCCACGCUAGCGAGAGCAGCCGCUCCAGCGCAAGGGAUUCCAGCGCCGCCUCGUCCAUAUUGGGGUAGGCCGUCCGUCCCGGCACCAACAAGGCGCUGCGGAACGCGAGAGGCGUCUCAGCCUCCCCUCACCUCCGCAGCAGGAACUUACGGUGAGCACUCGAUGGCAGCUCGAAGGUUGCGGCCAUGUGAGCGCACGCCAGCGGGAGCUUUGCCCGAUCCACAGCUGGGAUGGACGUGAAGGUGGCCAGGGAGUCGUCAUCCAGCAUCGUCGGGAGUGCCUUGAGCGCUUCCUCCAUGGGUCAUCCCACGGAGGCGUAGACCACUUGAAAGCGGCGUUGGAAGGAGCUGCAGUCGCUGCCGGCAGCAGUAAAAGGUUUAACGGGCGGCAGACGGCAUAGCUUAAACGGACUGGAGGUGAAGUCCGGCGCGGGCGCUGCACCACCAUCAGUCGAUGGAAUCACUGGGGAAGAGAAAAUGGUGCCCAGUUGCGGCGUCGCACCCGUUGAAAGGUUGGCGCCAACAUCGAAUAUGGCCGAACAUGGCGGCUGAAGAAGUGGAGGGAAGCGCCUGUUCCUGUUCCAACACCGCGAUGGGCGCUUGCCACUGGGUUCCCGCCUCCGAGAUGAGGGAGACAAGGUGCGCAGCAGACUGCAACAGCUAGCCAAGCUGGCUGGUGAGUUGCUGCCAGUUCUCCGGCGAUGGCGAGUGGCUGGGCGCGGCAGCCUCCUCCUGCGUUAUUUGCAUAAGAUUGGCGCGGCGCAUCUGCAGGGUCUCCAUCCCCGGGGCUGUUAGAGGAACCUCCCCUACGUCGUCCGCCGUCCUGGUACAUGGUCCGCUUCGUGUAAACAUACUUAGUCUGCUUCGUGUAAACAUAACUAACCUAACUCGGCUAGCUUACUAAAAGAACGUUUGGCGACUUCCAACACCAGUUGCAGUGGGUUCAACCACUACAACUGGUGUAGUGGUUGAAAGACAUUUAUUAAUACCAACAUACGGGGUAACUGCCCCUUAACAGGAUAACAACCUAUGGUGGUGGACCACCAGGCUUGGGUCCCAGACCACGUGUUGCAGACUGUAGGACAGGGGUCUGCAACCUUUAAGACAUAAAGAGCCACUUGGACCCGUUUCCGAAGGAAAAAAUAAACUGGGAGCCGCAAAACCAUUGCGACAUUUAAAACAAAUAUAACACUGCAUAUAUUGUUUCUUACCUUAAUGCUAUAUACAGGUUCGUGCAGUCAGCUGUCAAUCUGAAGAAAAAAAUACUUUUUCACUUAACAAUUUAAAUUAUAUUUUUGCAAAUUAAUACCUAAAUAAAAUAUUUAAUUUACCUGGUUAAUGUGAUUUUUGCUCCUGAACCUCAGUGCACAGUGUCUGCACAUCAGGGCUGUAAGACGUCACCUUCAUUUUCACACAGGCUUGCAAGCUGUCAUCUGUGAGGCGUGAUCGAUGUUUGUUUUUAAUAUAGUUCAUGUUGGAGAAGACCUGCUCACAUACAUAUGUGGAGCCGAAGAUCGACAGGACUCCAAAUGCAUACUUUUUCAUGUUUAUAUAAGUGUUGGGGAUGGAAUUCCAUGUUUCGAAUACAAGUUUGUCCUGUUUGGGAAGGUUUUCAAUAUCACUCCAUUUAUGAUUCUGAGCCAGAAUGGCCUUCUGACGGGCAACAUCUUCAAGAGUAGCGGUCAAACAUUUGAACUUGGACACCCAUAUAUCUUUGUCGGCUAUAUCGGCCAGUGCCAUCUCAAAAGAUCAGGUUGACUUACACCUGCAAAUGCAGUCAUAUUCAAUAGGGAUGGAUCGAUCGCCAGGGGAGUGACAGGGAAGGAUAAUGUGGUUUUUUCCUCUCUGAACUCACAGAAUCGUUUCCCAAACGAACUUUGCAUUGCGGUGAUUGCAGACUUGAAAUAUUCCAAAUUUAUCGUAUCAUGACUUUGUUUGAACUCUCUCAAAGAGGGAAAGUGAGACAGUGUACCGCUCUGUAAAUCUUUGACAAACACUGUCAACUUGCGCUCGAAUGCCAAAACCUCCUCCAGCAUGUGCAGGGCUGUGCCUCCUUUCCCCUGAAGGGUUGUAUUUAGCGUGUUUAGAUGUGCUGUCAUGCCACUCUGGCUGUUCCAGCUCAGCAAAGGUGAGCUCUUUGCUGCCCAGGAAGGUUUUUACUUCUUCCAAACAUGUGACAAAGCGUUUUAGCACCUCGCCUCUGGACAGCCACCGGACCUUGUGGAGCAGGAGGUCAGAAUAUAUGCUUUCCACCUCAUCCAAUAGCAAACGGAACUGGCGGUGGUUUAAACCCUUUGCCAUUAUCUUAUUAACAAUCUGAAUGACCACAUCCAUCACUUUUGUGCAUUCCGGGGGAAAUGUUUGAGCACACAAUGCCUCUUGGUGCAGGAUGCAAUGAAAUGACAGCAGCGUUCUACCCAGCGCCUUCUGCAGUAGAGCCACAAAGCCCUUCUGUGCUCCUCUCAUGCUCAGUAGCCACUGAGACCAGGUGGUUGGUGUUUAUUUUUUUAGCACUUAAAAAGUCCAGGACAGCCUUACAGAUAUCCUCACCCCUUGUUUGGUCUUUUAGUGGUAUCAACUCAAUCAGUUCUUCCUGUGGCCCAAAAGAGUUCACAUAUCGGCAGAACAGCGCUAUUUGUUCAAUAUCACCUUUAUCUUUGGACUCAUCACAGGCGAUGGAGUACGCCACAGCUGAAUUAAUGUCUUGAAUUUGCUGUUUGCUAAUGUUUUCUGCCAUUUUUAGGGUUCUGUCUUUGACAGUCUUCGCAGAGAGAGGCAUGUCUUUGAUUUUCUGCACAAUUUCAUUCUUGUUUUUGAAGUCCAUGUAUAGAUGUUCCGAAAUAUUAAUGAAUGCUUCUUUUAUAUACUCUCCAUCUGUGAAGGGCUUCCCGUGCUUGACUAUUUCCUGAGUGGCCACAAAACUAGCAGUAUCGUCAGUAGAGAAUGCAAAUGAUUCUGUCCAUGUAUCAUUAAACACUCUGUUUUCUUCAGAAAUUUCUCUCUUGCCUUUAUCCAUGGCUGGCCUAGCCGGGGGGUCGAAAACAGCGACGUAAUUAGAAAUCACAGGGCCCCAUAGCAAAAUUUGCUAUGCCCACCCCCCUCAAGCUCCAGCCACCCCCCUCCCCUUUCCCUGCAACCUACUCCAACCAAAAAAAAAGAAUGCAAUUGAACAGCACAUUACACAGCCAAUAACAAUGCCCCCAAUGUGCCAUAAAAAACGAAUUACUGCCCCAAAGUGCCAGAGAAAAUGACCAAUGCCCCCAAAUGACCAAUGCCCCAAAAUGCCAUAGAAAAUUAAUCAGGGCCCCAGUGU